CGCCCCGUAUACGCAUACGCAGUCGGCCGCUGCCUGUGACAUCGUAUGAUCACCAUCACACCCCUUGGAGAGGGCGGUGGGUCCUCCUCGUCCAAGGCGACUUCUCGUGCACUCUGCCACUUGAUCCGCGUCGACUCGUCGUACCUGCUCCUGGACUGUGGAGCCCCAGAAGAUCUCAUCUUCCCACCAACGCCCUCGCCUCCCCCGCGCCCACUCGACCUCGCCUCGUACAUCCUUCCCGAUGGUGACCUCGACACGGAGGCGCUGACAGAGCUCCCACUGGACGACGCCAUUCAGCUCAUCGCUCCCCGCAUCUCCCUCGUCCUUCUCUCUCACUCUACCCUCCAUCAUGUCGGACUCUACGCAUACGCCAAAGCACGCCUGGGCUUGACCUGCCCCGCGUAUGCCACCUUGCCCGUGGCUGCCAUGGGCCGCUUGGUCACCGUGGAAGCCAUCACGGCGAUUGCCGCAGAUUGUGACGUUGACAAGUCGGACAAGCGGCCACAGCAAGGCACAGUCACUGGCACCAACGUGGUCACAGCCGUCAGAUCGGGUCGGAGUGGCAGGCCGCCGAAGGGUCGCGGCGCUGAGCCUGGCGUGUUGAGGAACAGGUGUACGCCGACCAAGUCCGAGGUAGAUGAUGCGUUUGAAGGGAUCAGGACGCUGAGGUAUCUACAGCCUACUGGUCUAGACGGCCCUCUCUCAUCUCUGUCCUUGUCUGCCCACUCGGCCGGGCACACCCUUGGAGGAACAGUGUGGAAGUUACGGUCGCCCACUUCAGGCACAGUUGUACUUGCCAUUGAUUGGAACCACGUCAAAGAGAGGCACAUCGAUGGAUCAGGCGUCAUUGAUGCAGUCUCUUCCCAGGCUGCCGAAGCUGCAGGCACAAAAAGAGCAGACUUGUUCGUCACGAGCGGAGCAGCAGUAGACAAGAUCAACCUCCGUCGCAAGGACAAGGACAAGAGACUCCUCGACCUGAUACAUCACACCCUUACAGUGUCUAAGAGUACGCUGCACCUCCCGGUCGAUGCAUCGCCACGACUGCUAGAGAUCCUUCUCCUCUUGGAUCAACAUUGGGCUUUCUCGUAUCCGCACGCUCGGUUCCCCCUGUGCCUUGUCAGUCGCACUGGCAAAGAGGUACUGGAAAGAGCGAGAACGAUGCGGGAGUGGAUGGGCAAAACCUUGCAGGGGGAAGAUGCUGGCCGCACCAGUGGUGCUGGCGCUCGAACCGGUGGAAGAGACGCUAGAGACGGCGCCCAUGGUCCUCUCGACUUCCGUUUUCUGCGCAUCUUCACUUCUCUUGGCGCUUUGGACGCCGCUUUGCCUGCAGAAACCCCGAAGAUCGUCCUCACUGUGGGUCCAUCUCUGCUCUACGGUCCAUCUCUCAAUUUUUUUCGAGAUCGGGUCGCUCCUCAUGCAGAUAACACAAUCGUUCUGACACAAAGAUCAGAGCUGAUCAGUGUCGCACAACAAUUACGGGGCUGGUGGGAAACUGGGCAGGGCGAGGCGAGUCAGCAGUCGAAGGCUGUUGGCUCAGAAGUCUCUGGCGAUGGAAGAGAACUUCAGGAUGUCAUCGUGCGACAGCGUCUGCCGCUGCAGGGUCAUGAGCUCGAAGCUUACAACGAGGAAAAACGCCUUAGAAAAGAGAAAGAUGAUCAACACAAAGCUCUCUUAGCCCGGUCGCGGCAAAGGCUCGAAGCAGAUCAAGAGGAAGACUCCGACGAAGAUGACGGCGACGAUGACAAGGCAGAAGACAGCGAUGACGACCUGGAAGCGGGCCUGCCAGAAGAUCCGGUAGGAUUCUCAGCUGUGACUCUGGACGGGAACAAGGGUCGUGGAAGCAGGAAACUGAAGGAUCUGACCCACAGCGGAGCCGGCGAUGCGCUCGGCGGGGAAGGAGACAUGACCCUUCUCGGAUCCUCACUCUCUCAUGACAUAUAUCUUCGCGGCGAUUCUGCUCAUGCAUCCAACUUCUUCAACCCUCUUCGCGGGAACGUCGAUACAAACCUCGAGCAAGAGGCAGCAAAGCGCCACGGGGUAGGUGUUCGAUACCGUACUGCCCCAGUAAUCGAGAAGCGCAAACGCAUAGAUGCUUUUGGAGAGGUUGUCGACGUGGCACGCUGGCUUUCGCGCGGCAGAGCAGUAGACGCAGCAGAAGCUUCGAACGCCAAGGGAACCGCCAAUACAGCUGCUGAAGCAAGUCGCAAGCGCCGACGCCUUGAUGGCGAGGCAGACGCCGACGACGACCUGUUGCCGCCUCAAGAAGAUGAGGACGAGUUCAAAGAUAUACCGACCAAAUUCACUGAAGAAGCCACGAACAUUACGGUACGUUGCAAUAUCGUCUGUAUCGAUCUGGAAGGGCUCAUCGAUGGGCGUGCUUUGUCAAUUGUCUUGCCCCAACUGGCUCCGCGAAGGCUCGUGCUGGUCGGCUGUCCCCAGCCUUUGCCUUCGGCCGUACCUGCGCACAAGAAGGAUCUAUCGGCGAGCUCGCCUGCAACAGCCACGUCACGAUUCAUCGAUUCCCUGCUAGGAAUCAAGGAUUUUACCAGAGAAAUCUUUGCCCCUGCCCUGGGCCGGAAAGUCAGCGUUGGUGCAGAGGUGCACAGCUUUGAUGUCAAAUUGGGCGAGGGGGUUUUGGAGCAGCUGAGAAUCAGUGGCUGGGAGGACUGGGGAAUAGCCUGGCUGCAAGCGAGAGUGACGGGCGCAGUGGAAGAGGACGUCAGAGAAGCCGUUGCUGGUCUAGACGCAAAAACCCCUGUCAGCUCGAGCCCGGCUCUCAUAGCCCUCGAAAAGAUUUCGUCAGGCAGAGAGUCAACUUCCGAAGUCGAGGAGACGAAUGCAGACGAGGCAGACGCUCUCAAGGCCGUCUACAGGCCAAAGAGUAAGGUCCUUGCUUCCAGCCGAGUCUCUACGUCUGGCAUUCCAAGGCAACAUACCUUCUUCAUUGGCGAUGUCCGUCUCUCCAAGCUGAAAGCCCUGCUCUCAGCAGCACAUCGCAUCCCUUCUGAAUUCGGAGGAGGCGGUAUGCUGGUCUGCGGGGCAGCGGCUUUGGCUCAAGCUACAGGUCAGUCAACCACUUCAGGACCGCACACAAACCCGGCUGGUCCUUUGACCGCCAAUCAGGCCGCUGCGGCUGUGACUGUACAGAAGUUUGGGGAGAAGUUCAUCUUGGAAGGCAAUGCCGGCAGGACUUUUGUCAAAGUGAGGGAUGUGAUGUACGGCAUGCACGCACGCGUCGGAGAUAUUUGAAAAUUCCUAUUCUGCAUCUUCUCCCGCUUUGUCGAGCGUCUCGCACAAACGGGGCCAAGAAGGCCUGCUUCCGCAGUGAGAUCGUUCGAAUCGUGAGGCUGAUUUUAUGUUUGCGAUAGCGGCGGGCAUCGUUGUCCUGGGGGAGUGGGUAGUACUUGAUCGUGAUCUGUCUUGCAACGCUCCGAGUCAUGCCCCGCGGUCGAUGUUGCUCGUCAUCUGCACAAAAUCUACUGUGGAAGUCGGACACUCAGCACGCUCUUGGG